GGUGGUGCUGGUAUAGCUAGUGCCACCGGAACCGUGGGAGAGACCUCCUCUGCCGGCCUCGGAGAGUUCGCCCUACAGAGUCACACCCUGUGCACGCCUCGACACGCCACGUCAGGCCGCAUCACGUACACGGUGGUCACGUCGGGACGAGUCUGUGCACGUCGUGACACGUCCACGCUCGCAGGGCUGGGCGCAGCUCCUCUGCCCGGGUCUACGUAAACUUUAAUGAUCCCACGCACCCUCACGCCGCACUAACGGAUCACCAAGGAAACCUAUUAUAUUAGACAACUGAUUUAACCAGAACGAAAUAUCCUUUCAUAGGUAAUGGCAGCAGGAGGGGACAGAACUGACACUUCCACACGUCACGGGUCACAUCAAUGAUGGCGAAUUGUGUCAGCAACAAGAUGUCGCAGCGUAUACUGUUCACCUGCUAUUGGCUACUUGCUGUAGGAAGGGGCUCCGGUCUUUCAGGCUUGACGUCUAAAGACCGAGACACGAGUACUAUGAUGACUCACCCUGAAAGAACUCCCCCUCACUCGACAACACCAUCUCCUAUCGUAGAGCCAGCUGGAGGUCAAGUCCACCCUCUGGUGAACAUCUCGCUCUCGUUGCAUACAGUACAGAGAAACAUAAGCAGGCUGCAGUCUGGAGGUGUGCAUCUUAGAGAGGUUCUAUCAACUCCAAGGUCUAUCACCACCACUUCAUAUUCCACAAGACCACCAUCUACCUCCACCACUCCCGUCACACCGAUCACUUCUACUAUGCCCUUGCAGUCCACCGCACAAGUUGUACUCACCCCUAUGGGUAAACCGAGCACGGAGAAACCUCCAAACGCCACAGAGCAGCCGGAAAGCACAACACAUGCUACGAAAGCUACAAGGUUACUCACCAAAGAACAGGUUCACAAUGUACCCCCGACUUCACAAAGAGAGUGGUUCAUCAGGAGAAAGCAUAAGGGGCCCUAUUACGCCAACAGGGUGAAAAAACUGUCUGCAGCUCUGAGAUCAACGGACCCUCCCGAAGUUGAUGACCACCUCACGGAAAACCACAGUGGACUGAAUUCUUCAGAAAUCAUCACGCCGCACAAGAACCUUACAAAGUUGCACGGGACAACAAAAGCUUCAACGAAAUCAAUCAAAAACAGACUCAACAAGUUUACUAGAAAGCCACUACCCACUCAUUACACGCUCUCGGUUGACAAACAGAAUGCAACAAGGAAAUACAAGUCCAUGGAACGCCCACGGAAAAGGCCAAUUAAUAUUGGGAUUCCGGCUUCAUCUACGGUUCUUCAAGUCCAUAGAGCGACCACCACACCCCCGCCCGUCGUGGAGACGUACAACCCUCCAGACUCCGAUGAGUACUACUCCUCGUAUGGCGAGUACCCGGAUCUUCCUGUCCUGGGAUAUAACGCUUCAGGAUACAUGGAAGCCGCUGUGUUGCCGGAUCCUGACAAUUCUCCCGUGGACGAGGUCGCGGAGGCCGAGGUGGUGCUGCCUGACGACAGUUUGGCCGACACCGACCUGCAUGACCAUGAUCUUAUUGACAGCGUCAUGUACAUCUACUUCGGCUCAUCGGAGAGAGACGAGAGAGGGGGGCUGGAAAACAGUACACCUGGAGAUAAGGUCGUGCAGGCUAAGAACGUGUUGUCUGGAAAAAAAACCAUCAACCAAACAGUGUUUUCAGUGCUGAUAGUAGGAGCGGUAAUCUCGCUUGUGGCUCAGUUCCUCACAUUGGUCAGCGUGCUGAGGCGGUUGCGCACUCGUCCUGAUGAGUCGGCAAGUCUCAUCCUGCUGAACGCUGAGCUCGCCCUCACGGCAGGCAACCUUGUGUUCAUGCUGGGUGUGCAGGCGACAAGCAGCCAAAGACGUUGCGAGCUCGUGGCGGUGUCCCUCCACUAUCUACACCUGGUCACGUGUUGUUGGUUCCUGGUCAACUCUAUGUUCUCCUACAGCGGGCUGCAUCAGACAGAGACGCGCAGGAGGCUUAGGCCGUGGUGGGUGUCGGCCUGGUGUGGACCUGCAGCUGUUGUUCUGGCCUGCGUGGUUUUCAACAGAAGAGGCUACGAAACGCGGGCCUUCUGUUGGAUGUCUGUAGCCAGAGGGAUGCUCUACUCCUUCAUGGUGCCUGUCGCCGUCCUUAUACUGCUCAACACCUGCCUGGCUGUUCUUGGGAUGCGCCAGCUCUCACUCUCACCAAAAACGGAAGACAGCGACCGGAAGUCAAUGAGAGUGUCGGCCACACUACUUCCGGUCUUCGCUGUCGUCUGGUUUCUGGGCGUCGUCGCUCUGGAGAAUUCUGCUUCUCUUGUCUUCCCAUUGCUCUUUGUGGCCAGCAGUGGCUUCCUUAACUGGUUCGUGCUGGCAUGCUGGCUGCCCGCGGACAUGUCACUAUGGAGGGAGACAGAUGACGAUUUUGACGACGACGACGAAGACCUGUACGAGGAAGUCCUUAAGACACAAGUCCAGGAUUCCCAGCCACUCCUGGAGGACCCUCCCAUCUACGUGUGUGGCCGCCGGGACAUGUGUGAGCUGCAGAUGGAUCCGAUCUGUACCAUCAGCUCAUGAAACUCUCCCACCUACUCAUUGUUCAACAACGUGUAUACAUCACUUGGUUAAGAUUCAUACAUUUGACAAAUCUUCAGCUGCCGGUUAUUUUUUUGCUAUUUGGGAAACAAAUAAUUAGUACUUUCAUUUCAGGAACACAAUAAUCUAUUGAGCUAGAGGUAGGAUCGAGACAAUGUACGAUGAAGCUCACAACUAUUAUCUUGUAAAAAGUGUGAAGAGAUUGGUUGGAUGGCAAAUGGAUGUCAGAGAAUACAGAUUUUACCUUUAAAAUCCCUACAAAUGAAUCAAUGUUAACGCAUACUACAAUGAAUAAAUGUGGCGUUGUUAUAAUGUUUCAGUUUGACGAAUUGGAGAAUAUUAGUUUUUCAAAUUUACAGUGCUAAAGCCCGCGCAGUACAACUUACUCUCAACGUAAAUAUAUCAAAUGAGAAUAAAAUAUAUCAAAAUAUGCUGAAUAUAACGGACAAGAUAAACUUUAAAUGUGUCACUAUACCAUGGUUAUAUACAUACACUAAGAAGGUUCAUUACAUUUCUUAAUGUUACACAUUUCGUAUAGUAAAAUUACAUAAUUAAUAAUAAAAUAAAACCAGUUUGUUUUAUUUGAGGUGAGAAGGCUAUAUUAAAAUCAAGAAUUGAGGAUGGUAAAAAGUAAUUUAUAAUCUAUAGAAAACUAACAGAUAUAAAAAUUAAUUAUUUUUCCACAAUUCACUUCGAUACGUGAUAUGAAUGUUUAAUAAUCAUACAAUUUUAGCAAAAGUUAGAUUUGGAUUAAGGAAUACUUGAAUACUUGAUGGAAGGGAAUUUAACAUACAGGUAUUUUUAAGUGCAUACAAAAUAGGAAAACGUCAAACAACGUCGUUAAAUGUGAAUUCCUCAAAUGGAUGAUGAUCACCUGAAACCACGAAAAACUAACUGUAAGCAAGUACUGAAUGUAAAAAAUUGGGAAAUGAAUAACAAAAUGACUAACAUUCCAAAAUUCCAUACAAACUUAGUGUAAUUUUUGUUAUUCGUUUGACAAGAUUACAUUAAAAAACGUAGUAAUAUUACAACUGGAUAAUAGUUCUAUAAUGCAGAGAUUUGUGUGGAAACGGUAAGUUAAUUAAACUAGUUUGGUUAUUAAUAGAUCCCCAAUAAGCUCUACCUUGAUUUUAAAGUUUUUCCACGUGAAAGGAAGAGACGUGUAGAGUUCGGCAUGUCUGGCUUCCGCGCAUGAUUUUAUCUAUUUGAAAAGGGAGCGUUAUCAAAAUAUAAGGUCGAGGGGGACGCGGAAAACAGGUUUGUACCUACAAGAUAUGUCGUUUAUUACUGGAUAGGACUUAUCGUAAACAUGAACUCAAUUGAAUAAUCUGUCUGUUCUUGCAAGUAGUAUACUACCUGCCCAAACAUAUAUGUGUCAGAACUCCGGUAACUGAUACUCAUUCAUUUUAUAGAAACCGUUACUAAACAUUCACAGUUUCCGUUUCAGUUACGAGUACUUAGUCUCCUUCGCAUUUGACAUUACAGUUUCAGAUACUUCAAGUACCGGAAACUUUUACAUUGCACGUUUUAAAAUUUAACCGAUGAUCACCUCGUAACGAAGUUAAGUGUGGUUACUGAGAAGGUAUUCUUACAGUCCCCACCAACAUAACAACACUUGGUCCCUGCAGCUUACAAAAUACCAAUGCAGCUUACAAUUUAAUGAUAUUCCUCAACAACAAAGUGAAAUAUUUUAUUUUAGUUUUUACUAUGUUGUGUUGCUCUUAGUAAGCUUCUAUAUAGGUAGACAAGCUCUUUACUAUUAUUGGUAUUCGUUAAUAACAAUAAAAUAGUCUUCUUUAAUAGAUUUUUAAAGUACAUAAUUUUGUUAAUUUGAGUUACACUCUAAAUAUUGUACUAACAACAUGUUUAGCAUAAUAUUGUAACUGAUGAGUACUUUGUAAUUGAUAAAUGUAUAAUUUAUACAAAAGUCAUUGUAUAAAUAGUUUGUAACCGUUACUUGAAAGUACCUGUAACGGUUAUAACGGUUACUGCGGAGUAUAUAUUUUAGCAUAUCUCAAAUUGUUUUGGGUUUGUAAGUCAACCGUUGGUCUCCAGGUUAAGUGUUGGUAGUUUAGGGUAUCUCAGCCCUAACUUCGUCUAGCGAACAAAACGUUACCUAUCUGUUGUACAUUUCCCUUUCUAUACAAACAGGAAAAUUUUAUGUGAGCAGAAGCUAUUUCAAACAAUCUAACGGUACAUUGCAAGAUAUCUAUCCUGGAUUCAAGUAGGUGGGUUUCAUUACCAAGCCAAAAACAACAGUUCCAAAUUCACAUUCUCUGAUGUACAUGCCAACCAACAUCUCAUUAAAUAUCGGAAAUUACUUUUAUUGUUAUCCCUUCUUUUGCAACCCUAGCGCUGUUUAAAUCUCAUAUGUUCGUGGUAGAGUACCAUUGAAUUGCUCAAAGUUAUUCUUAAUCAAAACCGAAUAAGUAUUUUUAACCAAACCGUCGCCAGCGCCACUGAUAUUUUAAAGAUGAAAACACGUAACACCCAAUCUGAAUACUAUAUCGUGAUUAAUACGCCAUCUUCUAACACCAUUUUAGUAAUUACUACAGUCUUAGUAUUUUGAAACUAAAAUAAAUUAGUAGAAUUCAAUCAAUCGAUGUUUCAAUUGGUGUUGAAUUUUCCUUUGAUUAUUGUUACGGUGUCUUUAUUCUGUAAUUUUACAUAUACUAGUGCCAGGUUUCUAGAGUUAUAUUUAUGUACGUUGUAAAGAGCAAAUUUUAUCAUACACGCAUUACAGAGUUGAUAAAAGGCUUAUAUUUCUAACAUUCAUAGCGAACUAAAUAAUUGCCUUAUAAAUAGAUUGUACAUUAUGCAUACUUCUUGGAUGGAUAAGACAUCACCGUAUGAAUCUGAAUAUACACGUGGACAAUAAUAUUGUGUGUUUACCACCUUGUUGUAACGGUUAUGUACUUUGUCCUCAGAUAUUUGGAUUUAUAGGAUUACUAGAGUAUUUUAUAAUACAAAACUACUACUUGUAUAUUCUAUAAGCUAUUGUACAGUACAAAUUGCAACUUAGUUGUCAAGACUUGUUGAUUUGGUGUAUGUUUUAGUUUAGUCAGACCUAGACUUACACUGGUUCGUGUUUCCAUAUUCCUUCAGCCGAAAUGAGAUUUUUUAGUCUGAAAGCAGUGCACGUUAGUUUGGGGGUUUUUAAGCACACAAACUUAUAUAAACACAAAGUUGUAAGUAGAACAGAGUCUACAAGGAAAAUGCUCUCAAGAAAACUACAUUUAACAAUUUAAGUCCGAGUGAUUUCUAAACCUAUUUUGUGUGUUACUGUCCUAAGCAUUAUGCGCACAAAAUUUAUACACGUCAUUGAUCCGUUUAUUUGUUCUAUUAAAUUAAUAUCUGUUACUUUUACAUAAAAUUAAAUAAUUACAUAUUGUGUAGUUAGUGCGUUUCAUAUUUAAGGAUAUGUUCAGAACAUUUGAUACUAAAAAUAAUAGGACAUAACUAAUAAAAAAGACGGGCCUGAAUUAUGAAAGUUAAAACAAAAUUGGCAUUGUCUUGUUAAAAUGAUGAAUCUCGAUGUUCAAUUUAAUGGAAUAGGGUCUAAAUACGAAGAAGCCAUUAAGCGAGGAGAAUCAGUAAUAAUUGAUAUGUUUUCAGUUCAAACCAUUACUGUAUAAUUUACCAGAGCCAUUGGAAUGAUUCACAGGAAUGGUUUACAAUAAGAGAAAUUUAGUUUGGGAUGUUUUUCAUCGUAAUUAAACCCAUACAGUGGGAUAUUUCUACAUAACAGCAACAUAAAACCGUGCAAGUAAUCGUCAUUGGUGAACAGUCUUGUUAAGAAAAUAAAAAAAGGAUUUUGGUACACAUUUGAGAUUAUUUUUUUUUCAUAGUCGAGAUAUUUACUACAUAGUUCAUCUUUAGGAGCCUUAAAAAAGUAUGAGUUAUAAUUUACGAGAAAUUGAAAUAUGCGCGCAUAGUGCUCAGUGUGUGAUAGUUUUAACUAUUUGAGAGUUAAUUAAAAAGAAUUAAAUGCUCUGCUGUUUUCUUAACUUAAAAAACUAAAAUUUCAAUAAAACUAGGCCGAAUAAAACGUUCUUGUCAAUAUGUUUUAAAUUCCGGUAUGGUGCACUGAGAAUGCAUCAUUAGAAUGUAAAAUAUAAAACAUGGGAAUUGUUAAAAGGAAAAAAAUUUAAAGAGGAAUUUUACGUUUUACCUUGAAUAUCCAGAAAGGGAAUAAUGAAAAAAUAUUGUUUGCCCAAUUCACGUUUUUAUGCCAAUUCGAAUGAUAUUUUAAACAGGUAAGAUACUUAAACAUUGAGCUGAGGAAAAUCAAACCUUGAGGAAAUACACUAUGGGACAUCCGCCCCUAGGGAUCCUCCCUUAGACAUCCACCCUUAAUUUUACUUAGCUAGGGUGGCUAUGCAAACUUAGGGUGGAAACUAAAAGUUUAUGAAUAAGCCAUAAAUUAAACAUUCUUAAUCUAGAACCAUUCUACAUGUUAGGUUUUUGUGAUCAUUAGCUAGAUCGCAAUUCUGUUCGACCAUGCUGUGUAGAAGAUUUAAAAAUGAAAAUAUUACAAUAUAUUACUUACAUUCAUGCGAAAAUCUAAACUGAAGUUUUGUAGAAUACUAUUUAUUUUAGAGUGCCAAAUAGAUAUAAUAUUAAAUUUGACAUUGAAUUUUAAAUGCUAUAUUGUUUACACCAGUUGGUAUACAUAUAAAGUUUACCGUACGUUGAAUAUUUACAAAUAAUAUAACGUUUCUAGCUGCUACGUAUGCCAGGAGUAGCGCUGUGUUAGGUUUCUUAGUAAAUUGAUAACGCGUCUUUCACAAAUAAAUCUACGCUGAAGCUAAUUUUAAAUGACUGAAUAUUUUUCACUGUUCAUAUUGUGAUUCUAAAUUAAUGUACUGUAGAUAUUCCCUUGUUUUAAAAUAACAUAUUUUAUUGUAAAUACAGUUUUGUUUUAUUGUAUUGCAAAUAAAAGAAUCUAUUAUGAA